AUGGGCCAUACAAUACUACUUCAGUGGACGUACAAUCCACCGCAACGUACUGCGCCUCUGAAUGAGUACAUCCUUACCCGGAUACUUGAACAUUAUGGGCUGUCCCAGCCUAUACGGACGACGGUGCAACUUCGGACCUUCCGCGCUGCGGUCGACACGUCUACACGGCUUCUCACUACCUUGGCGUACUCCCCACCCGUUCUUCCUGGACGCGAAACCCCUUCCCAACCUAGAGACAACACCACCUUCAUCAUUAUCGACGACCGUCCAGCUGUAAAUGGCCCGGAACCAACGGUUGACCAGACCAUCAAGCCUGCAGCACCCUCUCAAUUCUCCUCUAUUGCGGUCCGACCCGCCGCGCAUGUCCUUCCCCUCCUCACGAACCUCCUCAGCCCAUUCGUCAUGGGCCUGACUAAAUCCGCUCGAGCAGCGGCCUCUACAACGGCGGAGAUACCCCGUCCAACCACAUUACCAGGCACACCACUAGCUAUCACCUCGCUCACAUUUUCGCCCCCGUCCGCUCCUCAUCCUCCCGUCACGCUGACGAUCCACAACCUCCCCUCACAGACCGCGGCGUCCAUCUUCCUCGAGGCGGAGUGCGAGACCGAGGAGGUCUUGCGAGACUUUUUGGCGGGAUGCUUGCCGGAGGGUGUCGGCGGAGAUGUCAAGUACAUGGGCUGGGACGGGGAAGAGAGCAGCUGGGAAGGACUGGAGCGGACGAGAAAGGCGUCUCAGAUGCUGGUCAGACUGCUGAGGGAAAGCGGCUUGACUUGA